AUGACAUGUUCAAAAAUAUUUUCAGGAGAUUUACCUGAAUUAACUUAUGGAGUUAUAAAAUAUUUUCAAAAUGAUCAUUCAACUUUAUAUUCGUGCACUUUAAUCAACAGAUUAUGGUGUCGUUUAGCGAUCCCAUUAUUGUGGGAAAAUCCUUUUUCAUCACGUACCGGAAACUAUAAUUUUAUUGAAAUUUACUUACAUAAUAUAACUGAUGAUAUUAAGACGGAAUUAAAUGAAUGUAAAAUUAUUAAUAAUUCAUUACCUUCGAAUACCCUGUUCAAUUAUCUCAAGUUUUUAAAAUAUUUGAAUACAUUUAAGUUUAUUAUCUCUGUUGAAAAGUGGGUUGAAACUGCUAUUAAACCUUUAAACCCCGAAUAUAGAGCAUCUGAUAUUAGAAAAUUGAUUAAUAUAUCAUUAUUUAAAAUUUUUAUUGAAAAUGAAGUAAAUUUACAUACUCUUGAAAUUGAGAUCUCAGGUAAUUAUUAUUACCCGUGUCUUAAUACUAUACUUGGGUUAAUUUUAAAAAGUAUAAAUUUCAUUCACAAUAUUAGAAAUUUAAACCUUUAUAUUAAUACUUCAGGUGUUCUCAAAAACGACAAUAAUGAUUAUAUAUUUCAAAUAAUUAAUUUACAUCAAAAUCUUAAAAGAAUUUUCUUACGUCAUAAUAAUUUUCCUUUAUAUCAAUCAUUAUUAUUAUCAAAAGAUUAUAAUUGUUCAAAUACUUUAAAUACAAUCAUUUUUUAUUGUGUUGAUUUUAACAGUAUAACCAAUUUAAAUAGAAUUUUUGAACGACUAAAUGUUUUAGAAUCAGUUCAUAUCAUUAAAUGUACUUCUUUAAAUAAUGAUUUUACUAAACAAAUUAUUAAUUUAACUAAAUCAUUUAAAUUGAAAUCUUUAUUUAUAAACGAAUUAUUACAAAUUGAAUCAUUACAAUUAUUAUUACAAAAAUUCGGUGAUUAUUUAGAAAAUUUUGGGUAUGAAUUUGGAUUUAUACCUAAUUCAUCAUCAAAACAAAAAAUAUUAGAAUUAAUUAUAAAAUAUUGUAAAAAUAUCAAAUAUCUUGACUUAAUUGGAAAUGAUGAUCAAAUUAUUUAUCCAGUAUUAUAUUUAAUUGAAAGUAUUAAACAAAAUCUUAAUCAUCUUUCAAUCAGUACAUCAUAUGACAGUAAUGGAUGUAGUUCAAUUAUAUUACAAAAUUUAGGUCAACAUAUUCCUUAUAAAUUAGAAUAUUUACAUUUAUUUCUUCAUCAUAUUAAAAUAAUUGAUUUUGAAGUAUUUCUAAAAAAUUCUCAAAAUACUUUUAUUAAGAAAUUAUUAAUCUAUAGUAUUGAAGGUCAAGAUAUUUUACCUUCUAUAAAAAAAUAUAUCUUAAAAAAGAAAAGAGUUGAGUAUUUAUCUUUCUUUAUAACUCCAUUAUAUGAUCUUAGAGGUCAUAGUAGUGAUUUAUCUUCAUUUAACAAUGAAGUGAAAGAAUUUGGGUUGUAUAAUAUUAAAGUGCAAAGUUAUUCUAGCUUAGUGAUUCGUACAAGUGAUUUUAUAAAAGGAAAUUAAUUAGUAGUAAACACAUAAAAUGAAAUAUUAAAGAAUACAUGUAUUUAUUAUGAAAAUAAACUAAAUAUUUUUGAUUCCAAGAAUUUCUCCCUAGUCGAGCUUUUUUUAAAACGAAUAGCGCAAUAAAAUUAACAAACGAUGAUUUAUUACAGGGUAUUAAUAAAAGUGGGGGAUCAUGAAUAGCAUUUACCUUAAGAUGUAACAGAUGUUCAUUUUGUGAAUUUAAGCAAAACCAUGCUUCGCCCUAUAAGUUAUAAAUGAUAUGCAAAUUUGUUAAAAAAUGUGUCAAAUAACUAAUUUCCUCAAUAUUGGAAAAAUUAAAUUCGUCGUAAUGUAAUUAGAAAUCACAUUUAUUGUAAAAUUUUCAAAUUUUCAAA